AUGAUAUUUUAAAUCUAAUUGUUGGUUCUUGUAUUGUAAGUAAAUGGACUUGAGAUGAAGGAAAUGAGUUCCUUAUAUUAAUUUUCAUCUGAGAAAGUUGAUUUAAGUAAAAUGAUAGAGAAUGAGGAAUAACUAUCAUAUGGAUAUGGAAUAUGGACAAGGUAUAAUCCAUUAAGCACAAUAUCUUAAGUAGGUGUGGUAAAUUUAUUUGAUAGUGAUUGUUAUAAUAUUCAUAAUGUAGUUGAUUAAGAAACUUAGAGUUUGAACUUAAUUUAUUAUGAUUGUCUAGAUUACCCACUUUAGAAAAUUAAGAAGAUAAUAUAAUUUAUAGAUAAUGAAGGAAAAGAAUAGAGAUUUGAAUUGAGUUUAGAUGGUUUUGAGUAUGAAAAUGUUUGGUUUUACUUGGAAUUAUUAUAAUGGCCAAGAUUGAAAAGAUUUUAGUUAAUGAUAAUAUAAUAAGAUAAAGCAAAGUUGAAAAGUAGUUUAGAAAUUCAACAUCCUUUCAAUGAUCUUAGAGUUAUAUUAAAUUUUGGUGGAGGAUUGACAGUACAGAAAUCUUUGAUCUCAUCAAUAAAAAUAGGAUAAUUAUUUUCAUAUUUUCCUGGUAAGAUGAUCUAAUCUAAAUUCGCUUUUAAAAUAUAAUCCCCUGAUUUAGAUUUUGAAGCAAUAGCUAUUGAUGCAAUCUAACCAUAUACAAAUUGUUUAUGUAUCAAUAGUUAAAUUUUUUCAAUUUCUGAUUUUGAUUUAAAAGUUAUGGAUUAGAAAGCUUUUUUACCAGAAUAAGUCAAUUGCGAUAGCUUCACUUUAUCGGGAUGGUUUAAGAUUACAGAAGUUAUUUAAGAAUCAGUUGGAUUUAUUUAUUAAUUUUUAAAAUUGGCAUCUAAUUAUGAAGGUUAGUUAUCCGAUCCAAAUUUAUCUCCAUUUUAAUUAUUGUAUAAAAUAUCUCCUAAUGGCAAUCAAAUAAUUACAACUACAUACAGUUAUAAUUUUCCAUUAGUAACUAUUAAUUUUGAAGAGAACCCAUUUCUUAUAACAAAUAGUUUCGAUAUUGAAAAUUUAUUGAAUUUUUGGCAUUUUGUUAAUGUCUAAUUGAUAGGAAGAAACUUUUAGAUUUUGAUAAAAUCUUAUAAAGAAGAUAAAUUUAUUGAAUUUUAAGUUCAUAAUGAAGUGAUGCAAUUUAAUAACUUAUAAUUAAAGUUGAAUAUUGGUAAUAUUGAAUAAAAUUAAUUGGAUUAUUUAAAUGUUUAAUCCAGAAAUUUAGUUUUAUAUAAUUGUCCAUAAACUAUUAAUUAAAAUUAUUGCCAUUAUAGUUGUGAGAUAUGUGAUGGACCAACAAAAUUUGACUGUUUAUCUUGUUCGAUUGAGUCACAAAGAAUUUAUCUUUCUUAAUUCAAAGUUUGCAUAUGUCCAUAUCAUACUGUGGAUGAGAAAAUCUGUAAAUAAUACCAGGAUUAUUAAUUAAGCAUUAUAGAUGGAGAUGAUUAGAAUAAUAAAAGAUGUUAAUAUGGUUAUUAUGAGUAUUCAGGUGACUGUUUAAAAUGGUAAUUAUGUAAAUUAAUUUAUUAUUAGCCCCUCUAUAAUAAAAGAUAAUAUACUAUAUUGUAUAGAAUGUUUAUAAAAUCCAAAAACUUGGAGUACAAAACCAAACUGUUUAUUUGAUCUAGUUUUAAAUGCCAAUGGAGACACAUAAUAAAAGAUAUAUUAAUAUUCACUUAAUUUUCUAUUUGAUGGAGAGAAUCUUAAUUAUUGUGAGUUUUUUUGUAAUGAAUCAUAAUCUUUUGUAGCUGAUGAACAUAAUAUUGAAUUAGAAAUUGAAAAUUAUAUAAUUUAAUAACAAGACUGUGGAGAUCGUGAAUCUCUAUGUUCAUUUUGUGUUUUAUCUGUAAGUAAUAGAGCUUGUAUCAGAUGCCAUUAAGGCUAUACAUUGAUAGAUUAAAAGUGUAUCAGAAAUAUUGAAGAUUAAAUUACAUGUGGAUAUCAAAAAUAUUUGACAUCAAGAAGAUAAUGUUAAACGUGUCAUUUAAAAAAUUGUAAAUAUUGUUUUGAAUAUCAAAAUGAUUUAAGAAAGUGCACAUUAUAUAAAGAAUUUGAGAAUUUUUAUUACGAUGAGGAAAUAAAAAUUGGUUGUGCAAUGUGUGAGAAAAACUAUAUAUUUGAUUUUACUUAAGAAAAAUGCAUAUUAAAAUAGCCUUCAAAUUAAAAUUGUUUGAGAGCAUAUCUUGAUUUUAAUGGUAAUGAAAUUUGUACUUUUGCUGCUCUUGAUGAUUUCAAUAUUGCUCCUGAAAUUGUUAAUUGUGAAAAAUAUUAACCUUAAUGUCUUUCAUGUAUAAGGUCUCCUUAAUUUUUAAUUAAAUGCAUCGUAUGUAAAAUAGGAUAUACAGCAUCAAUUAUAAAUGGAGGUUGCUAUUUGACAAAAAAGUAAAAUAUUAAUUCAUUAAUUACUAUUGAAGGAGAUUAUUCAUUAUAAGAUGCAUGGAUUCAAAGAAUAUAAGCUUUUACAAUGAAAUUCUUACCUAACUCUUAUUUUUAUCCUCAUACCUUUCUAUCAGAUCUUACAGAAGAAUUUAGUAUGGAAUGUAUUGAUGGAUAUUAACUUAAUUCAAUUAGUUAAUGUUCGAAAUCAUGUUCAUCUGAAUGUCUUUCAUGUGUAGAAGAUAAAUUUUAGGAAAGUUUUUGUAAUAAGUGUCCUUUAAGUUAAUAUUAUUAACCAAUUAGAAACCAAUAUUAAGGAAAAUGUUUAGAAUGUCCUUAAUUAUGUUAAAUUUGUGAAACACGAUCAGACAUAGAUAUUUAUGUAAUUAUAUUUAUUUUAUUAUUUUACUAGAAUUUAUAACCCACUUUUAUUAUAAAAGAUGAUAAUCUAGCAUAUACAACUCUAUGUCUGAAACCUAUUAAUGAUCCUAAUGUUUAUCUUGAUCAAAAUGAUUUAAUUGCUAAGAAUUGUUUAAAUAAUAUAAAUUGUAAUCCAACUAUUUUAUGGAUCAAUAAUUUUGAAAAUUGUGAAGCUGAAUAUGAAAAAUGGGACUUAUGGGAAACUAAUAUUAACAUCAAUUAUUGCAACACAAUGGGAAUCGAUAAAAUUAUUAUUAGAUUCAAUUUUCUUAAUAGUGAUAUUCCAACCUGUUUUUUGGAGAAUAUCCUUAUUAAAAAUACAUUAAAAUCGUAAAUAUUUUCCUUAAGAAAACUAACCUUUUAGUUUACCUCUGAUAUUGAAUUGCAGUUAAUAACUGAUUAUCACAUUUUAAUACACAAUUUCGAUGUAUUUGAUAUUAAAAAUGUUACCUUCAUAAGCAGUAAAUAUACAAAUAUUAUAAUAAAAAAUAAUAAUCAAUCUGUUGAUUUAAAUUUAUUCAACUUCUCUAUUGCCCAUAGCAUUAUAUAAAAUACAUCAAGUAUUUUUCAAACUGAUAUUUUUGGAAAUAUUUAAAUCAAACAUCUUGUAAUUGUAAAUUCAACAUUUUUAAAUUCCUCUUUCUUUAAUUUUGAAAAAUUCCCUAUUACUGGAAACAUACAAAUCGAUAAUUUAAUUAUCCAAAAUUGUACUAUCAAUUAAUCAUCGCUUUUUAUUUUUAAACUGACCAAAGGAACAAUUUAUAUUAAUAAUUUAGUAUUUGAAGAAUCAAACAUUUAUCAUUCUAGAAUUUUUAUUUUCAAUACAAAAAUUUAAAAUCAAACACAUGUAAAUUUUACCAAUUUUAACAUUAAAAAUAAUACAUUUUAUAAUUCUUAGUUUUAAAAUAGUAAUUCAUCUUUAUAUCAAAGUUUAAUGAAUAUAAAAUUAUAAGAGAAUAUAUUCUAGUACUCCAAUAUUUUUGAUUUUUAUCACAAUAUAUCAAUGUCCAAAAUUAUAAUUGUAGGUAAUUAUUUUUAAUACUCAUCAUUAUUUUUCACUUAAGAAACUUAGUUCGAAUUUAAAUUAUCGAAUUCUUUAAACUUUUUUUAGGCUGAAAAUAAUAGAUUUACAAGUUCAAACAUUUGGAGAAUCUAAUCAAGUUUAGAAACAAGUAAUUUAAUUUUAAGUCUUUAAGAUCUUUUCAUUGAGGAUGUCAAUAGUAUUAAUCAAAUAGAUUAUCUAUUUAAAUUUAAAUGCUUUUAACUUUCACUAAACACAAUUUAAAUUAAAAACUUAACAAACAUAUUUAUUUUCUACAUCUAUUAAAGUAAUUAUGUUAAUAUUUAAAAUGUCUUAUUGGAAGGAAUCUAAAAUUAAUAUAAAGUUCCAUUAUCAUAAACUUGUUAAUCAGUUCCAUAGCUAUAGAUUAAGUUAUUCAAAAUCAUGGGUUUUCGUUCACUUAAAAUUAUAAAGAUUAGAAUAUAAGAAAUAUUUAAUAUUGAUGAAUCAAUUAUAGAUAUUAAUUCUAACAAUGAAGAAUAUAAUACUGAAAGCAAUUUUGUUUAAAUGCAUGAUAUUCAAUUUUUAAGAAAUCUUAUGAUUCUACAAAAUUAAAUAGAAUUUACUUCACUUUUAAAAAUAAACUCUGAAAAAAAAUUAAAUGUCAGUUUAAAUGAAAUUUAAUAUUUAGAAAAUAUAUUCCACUCAUUAACUGAUAAUUCAUUUAAGAAUUAUGCGAGUUUGCUGUUUGUUAAUUGUAAAACUUGUUCUGUAAAAAUUGCAAAUUAUAUUUCUAAGUUUAACUUAUUCUCUAAUUCAUCUAGCUCAUUUGUGUAAAUUAUUUCUAAAUUUAUAAGUUUUAACAAUUAUCAUGUUGAGAAUCAUAAUCUAUUACCUUUAAAUUUGUUAAUAAAAUACGUAGAUCUAUAAUUAGAUAAUGAUUAUAAUUAAGAUGAAAUAAAUUAAAUUAUCCAAUAAGCUUUAUCUAUUAAAAAUAUUGGUGGUGCGGCCUAAUUAACAACAUCUAACUUUAGAUGCUUUGAUUGUACCUUUUCGAGAAUGAAGGCAUCAAAAAGUUCUGUUUUUGAAAUAAUUACUGAGUAAGAUGGUAUAAUUGAACUUGUUGAAUUUAAAAUAUAUUAAGCAGAACAUGAUCUAUAGUAAAUGACUAAUAGUUCAGGAUGUAUAGCCAUUUAUUCUUAAAAUAGCUUAUUAAAUCUUAAAAUUGUAAACUCCUACUUUUCAUAAAUAAUAAGCAGAUUGGCUCCAUCUAUUUUAACAAUUACACCCUCUAUUACAUAAAAUUAAAUAGUGAUUACUAACAUUACAAUUAUAAAUUGUUUAUCUUUACUUAAUUCAAUUUUGAAGGUUUAAUUUUCAAAUAAAAUUAUUCAAUAAAAUAACAUACGAAUUGCAAAUGUCAAAAUACUAAUAAAUGAAGAAAAUUGGAUAAAUUAUUUUUCAAAAAUCGAAGCCUUAACCAAUUCUGAAAUUGAAGAAGUAACAAGUGAAACAAAUGCAAUGAUAUAUUUUGAAAGUUGUUAAAUUGACAUAAAAGAACUCUAAAUAUCCGGUUUACUUCUAUAUCCAAUAUUAAAAGUAUCAAAUAUUCCAAGUUUAAAGUUAUAGAAUUUUUGGAUAGAUUAAAUUUAUAUGUUUUACUCAUUUAAUAUUAUUGAUGUUCAAUAAACAGUUCAAACUAAAUUUAUUGUAAUUUUUUCAUAAUUUAGUAUUACCAAUACUAAUCCUUAUUUAGCUCUAGAAACAUAACUUUUGAUUUCUCAAAUUUUAUUCAUUAACUAAAAUUGUACUAAAAUAACAAUAUCAACAGUUGAAAAAUCACAAACGUUUAUGAAUGUGUAAAAUAGCUUUAAAAGAAAUGCUAAGAACUCCUCAUCACUUAUUAAUCUGAAGAGCAUUUAAGAAAAAAAUAAUUACAGAUUUAACCUAAUCUAAAUAAAGAGAAAUAAUUGUACAUUUUGUAGUAAUGGUUUAAUUUAUUUUAAUAUUUAUAAGAUUGAAAAACUAAGUAUUUAUGAUUUAAAUUGCUUUUAUAAUAUAAUAUCCGAUUAUGGAUGUUUAAAUUUUGUUCAUGCAACUUAAAUCUCUUAAUCAUAUAUAAAAGUAAUUAAUUCAAAAAUUAUUAAUAACACUGGUAAUAAAGGCGCAGCCAUAACUUCUAUUGAAGCACCUAUAAUUGUGAGUAAUUGUAUAAUAAUGAAUAAUAUUGCCAAUGAAUAAGGUGGAGGUCUUUAUUUUGAUUUAAAAAAUAAAAGCUUUGUAAUUAAAUCAACAAUAAUAAUAUAAAAUAAGGCAAAUAUUGGAGGAGGGUUAUAUUUAGAUGGAAAUUAAACUAUUAAUGUUAAUAACUUUAUUUAGUCUUUAUUAAUAUUAAAUUAAGCAAAAAUUUAUGGAAACAAUCUUAUAGAAAGUCCAUCUAAUUUAGCUUUAAUUAUCAACCUAGUUGAAAUGAGAUCCUCAAAAUUUAUUUUGAAUAAUACUUAAACCAACAUUCUUUAAAUAAAACCUUAUACUACGAUAGAAGAAGAAUAAAAAAUAAAAAGUGAUUAUUUAAAAAUACCAAGUAACUAAGUUAUUAGAGAUUAUUAACUUUUUAUUCCUAAAAUUUCACGCACCCUCAUUUUAUUUCAAGAUUUAAGUUUAUAUUUUAAAAAUAGUAGAAAUGAAUUUCUUUUUAAUUAAAUGAAUUCAACAUGCAUUGUUAGUUAAUAGAUUAUAGAAAAUGAUAAAAUAUUAAAUAAUACUUAGCUAAGUGAAAUAGCUUACAAUUCAAUAUUGAAUGGUUUUGAUAUGAAUAUUUUAUAGUUUCAUUUCAAUCCAAAUUCUUAGGAUAAAAGUUAUUUAUAAAUCAUAAUUUAAUGUGAACCUAUAGAUCAUUCAAAAUAAUUGUAAUACAUCAUAAAUGCAAGAAGUUAUAAAUGUUAAUUAGGAGAAUUUUAGGUUGAUAAUGGUUGUUAAUUAUGUUAAUCAAAUUAAGGAUAUUAUUCUGUUACUUAUAAUGAUACUAAAUGCUCAAUCUUUGAUAAAUAAAAGUUUUAGUCAAUAACAGCAAAUCAAUUAAAUUUAAAUGAAGGAUAUUGGAGACCAAACUAUUUUUCAGAUUAUACAACUUAAUGCUUCAAGAAUAUGAAAAAUUGUAAAGGUGGUUGGUAUGUUGGUGAUUAACUCUGCAUAAAAGGACAUUUAGGAGCAUUAUGUGAAGAAUGUGAUAUUUAUAAUAUCUAAGGUGAUGGAAAAUACUUUAAAAACUCAGAAAAUUCAGAAUGUUUGUCAUGUUUCGGAAUUUCUGAUAGCAUUGUACCUUUUGUAUUAAAUUCAGUUUGGUAUUCAUAUUCAAUUAUUUAGGGCUGUAUUAUCAGUUAUUGUAACUUUAAAUAGUAUAAAUAAAUCUAAUGAUCUAUUUGUUUUAUUAAGAAUAAAAGAAAAAUAGAGUUAAAUCAUUUUCAAGUUAACUUAAGGUAUUCUCUAUUUAAUUAACUUUAGAUUUUGAAAGCAUCUUUAUUAAAAUGAUGUUGAAUUACUUUUGGAUAUUUUCUCUUAUUUUUACUUUUAAUAUAAGUUUCUCUUUUUCUUUUAAUUUUAUAGAUAAAGCUAGUAAUACUUCCUACUCUAUGGCUAAUAAUUUAGAUUGUCAUUUAUCUGAUAUCACAGUCACAUAACUAAUAUAUUUAAAAGUAUUUGUAAUUUUAAUUUUAAUAAUAUGGCAAUUUUUGAUGAUUCUUUUAAUAUUUUACAUUUAUUGCUAGUUAUCUAAAAAUCAAUUUAAAAUUAGAAUUGUUUCCAACAUUUUACUUUGUCUUUACAUAUUAAAUUAUUAAGGAUUAAUUAAAUUGUAAUAAAAAUAAAUAAUCAUUAUUUUAGAUUAGCUUCAAUAAUUUCCCUUAGAGAAAUAUCUAAUUAUUAGUAUAUUCAAGGUGAUGUUUCGUUAAUUUAUGAUACAGAAAGCCAUUUUUAAUGGAUUUUGUUUUUCAUGGUGCCUUUCUUAGUGGUUUUUGGUGGAUUUAUUCCUUUAUUAUUAUUCUUAUUAAUAGUAUUAAAUAAAGAUAAAAUUUAUAAAGGAAUUGGACAACUUAGAGUUCAUUUAUGUUAUUUAUUUAAUGAAUAUGAAAAAGAACGCUAUUAUUGGGAAGAAAUUAAAUUGUUUAAAAAAGCAGUUAUGAUAUUAAUUUUAACCUAUUUUGAAACAAACAUUUUUAUUAAAGCAUCACUUCUAGGACUUUGUUUAUUAUUUUAUUAAUUGCUAUUAGUUAAAAAUAGACCUUAUAUUAUAUCAAAAUUAAAUCAUUUGGAUUUAUAAAGUGGAUAAAUUUGUUCAAUCUCUAUAUUUUUAGCAACAACUAAAUAUUUUAGUGAAUAAUAAAAUAAUUAUUUUAUCUCUUUAAUUCUUUAGAUUAUUUUAACUUUCUUUUUUAUAAUACUCUCUUAUCCAUUUAUUAUUUCUAUCCUAAGAAUUUACUAUAAAAAAUACAAAGUACUCUUUUUAACUUUUCUUGAAUUACUAAUGAAAAAAAUUAAACUUAAAUCUUUAUAGAAAGAUGUUUCUGAAUAGUUAAGAUAAGAAGAAAAUAAAUAAAUAAAAUUAAAAUUAAAUUUAUAAAAAUUAAGAAAAUAUUUGAUUAUCAUUUCCAAAGCAUAAAUUUAAAAUAGAUCGUAUCAUUUUAUUAUUUUCUUUUAGAUAUGUAAUGUCAAAAAAAAUCAAAAAAAAUACUCAAUAGAAUGUUCUAAGCUCUGA